GCAUGCCGGGAGUGCGGGUGUGCUGUUGGCAGCGGCAGGUGAGGACGCUGUGGGAGAGCCUCUUGCGGUGGCUGCUGCAUGCCGGCUUUGCCCAGGCAAAGGCGGGAACCUUCUGGAGGAAUCAAAUUUGUUGAAAUGAGUAAUCGCAAAACAAAGAGUAACAUCUUAGUACGUGCAGAGUCCCUUUCACAGGUACAAAGAAUUUUACGUGAAAGAUUUUGCCAUAGUACUCAUGGUGAACUAUUUGGAGUGCAAGUACAAUACAAGCACUUAAUUGAGCUGCUAAAAAGAACUGCUAUCCAUGGAGAAAGUAACUCUGUACUUAUUAUUGGACCCAGAGGAUCAGGAAAGACCAUGUUAAUAAAUCAUGCUUUGAAAGAACUCAUGGAAAUAGAAGUGAGUGAAAAUGUAUUACAAGUUCACCUAAAUGGAUUGCUUCAUAUCAAUGAUAAAAUUGCUCUAAAGGAGAUCACAAGGCAGUUAUAUCUGGAAAAUGUGGUUGGAGAUAAAGUUUUUGGAAGCUUUGCUGAAAACCUUUCGUUUCUUCUGGAAGCUUUAAAAAAAGGUGACCGGACUCACAGUUGCCCAGUGAUCUUCGUGUUAGAUGAAUUUGAUCUUUUUGCUCAUCAUAAAAACCAAACACUGCUCUAUAAUCUUUUUGACAUUUCUCAGUCUGCUCAGACUCCAUUAGCAGUUAUUGGCCUUACAUGUAGAUUGGAUAUUUUGGAACUCUUAGAAAAAAGAGUGAAGUCACGAUUUUCUCACCGGCAGAUACAUUUAAUGAAUUCAUUUGGCUUUCCACAGUUCAUUAAAAUAUUUAAAGAACAAUUAUCUUUACCUGCAGAAUUUCCAGAUAAAGUUUUUGCUGAGAAAUGGAAUGAGAAUGUACAGUGUCUCUCAGAAGACAGAAGUGUGCAUGAAGUUCUACAGAAGCAUUUUAAUGUCAAUAAAAACCUGCGGUCAUUACAUAUGCUAUUGAUGGUUGCUUUAAGCCGAAUAACUGUAUCGCGCCCAUAUCUGACCUCAGCAGAUCUGAUGGAGGCACACCAGUUAUGUAGCAUGGAUUCUAAAGCAAAUAUUGUACAUGGUCUCUCAGUCUUAGAAAUCUGCCUUAUAAUAGCAAUGAAACAUUUAAAUGACAUCUAUGAAGAGGAGCCCUUCAAUUUUCAAAUGGUCUAUAAUGGUGAGAGAAGAAUUAGGUACUUUCUUUCUGGGACUUCCCUGAUGCCUGAGAAUACUAAUGUCCUCAUUGAUUACUCUCCAGAGUUUCAGAAAUUUGUUCAAAGAAAAGCUCAUUCAGUUUAUAAUUUUGAGAAGCCUGUUGUCAUGAAGGCUUUUGAACACUUACAACAAUUGGAACUAAUAAAACCCAUGGAAAGAACUUCAGUAAAUUCACAGAAAGAAUACCAACUUAUGAAGCUACUUCUGGAUAACACUCAAAUUAUGAAUGCUUUGCAGAAAUACCCUAACUGCCCUACAGACGUUAGGCAGUGGGCAACUUCAUCUCUGAGCUGGCUAUGAUCCUUAUAGGCACACUUCUCUGAAAAACAAAAACAAACAAAAAGCCGCUGUCUUAACAGGAUAUAUUAAUUGCAUUCCUUUAUAAGAAGGAUUAUGCUUAUGGGGAACGUACAUGUAGUAUCUUGGCUGUACCUUGUAUCAUGAGUAUGUGUCAUGUGAUAUACAUUCCAGUGAUUUAGAGUGCAGUAAGUGGUAGUUCAAAUAAACAAAAUGUGACUGUUAGGGAUGGAGCUGUAUUAUUACUCAAUAAACACCUGUGAAUUAUUUUUGUGA